AGUAGGGUUAGGUUCUAAUUUUUUGCCUCGUGUAUUUGGUUGGUGCCAUAAAGAAGUGCUGUGCUGGUCUCUAAUUUAUUUAAUAUUUCUUUUCUACACCGAGUUUUGCGGAAGUAUUAAUAAGAAUGUCAUAUGCGGUUGUGACCUUUUUAAACAAUGAUGAUGAGGAGACGGACGAGUAUUACAGUUCAGAAAUCCCCAUGUCAUGGUUAUGCGAGAACAAUACAAAAUGUUGGUGGCCUGCACAAAGUAAAAAUGUAACUUCCCUCAUUACGAGAGAAGUUCCCCCCAAUACCGACAAAUGGGAUCUCGAAGAAAUAAAAGUAGACAUACUUGGUGUUUCCUUGGAAAAGGCGCGAAAGUUAGCGGAUAACCUUGACUACGUGUCUACCGAUGAUGCAGAAAAAGGAAGAGGGAAAAGAAAGGUUACUCAGCCAACCAAGCUUCUGUCUGAUGAUGAUUCAGAACCUCAAAUUUCUUCUAAGAGUUGGAGACAAUUUACUAAUAUUGCGUUGCCACCCCAAUUACCAAGUUGUUCAUCAAACAAUCUUUCACAAGCUGAAGGUGUAACACCUCAUGUCAACAUUGCGAGAAAUGUAUUAUUAUAUUUCAGGUCCAGUCCUCAAUAUUACAAUAAUUUGUUUACUAUGUAG